ACAUACAUUUCCGGUGUGAAGAAUAAAUUAAAAGUGCUCCCGGGCCAGGCUCCAAGAAGCAGCGCAGCUUUUCUGUUCAAUAUGCCACCAAAGAGAAAGAAGUUUGAGUCCACUUUCCCAGCAGCCCGUAUCAAGAAGAUAAUGCAGCUGGACGAUGAUGUGGGACGAGUAGCUUCCUCCGUUCCAGUCGUCAUAUCUCGAGCAGUAGAGAUAUUUCUUGAGUCACUGUUGACCAGAGCUGCCGACUAUGCUGACUCAAGGAAAGCAAAAACUCUCACAGUUAGUCACAUGAAGCACUGUAUUGAGAGUGAGAGACAGUGGGACUUUCUGAAGGAGCUCACCUCAAAGAUAGCAGACAUCUCAGCCGAGCAAGAAGAGGCUGCAGAGAAGUAUGUACCAAAGAGAGGCAGGAAGCGACGGACCAGCCCUAGUGGGGGCAAGGCUCGCACUGGCAAGAGGAAGCAGAAACAAUCUGUGAAAAAGGAGGAGAGUUCCGAGAGUGAGGAUGAGUCCCCUCAGCCUGAACGUGAGCCUCCCCAACCAGCUGCUGCUACCACGAUUAAGGAAUCUCAGCCUGUGCAGCUGUCUGAGAGCCAGUCUGCUGAAGUAUCAGUGCCUAGUCUGGUGACCCCCGUCAGUGUGGGGGGCAGUCUGGUGACCCCCGUCGGUGUGGGGGGCAGUCUCUCCUCCCUCACGGCUGGACUGCAGAGAGUGACCAGUCAGGAGAACAAUAGUGAUGACGAUUAUGACUAGAGUAAAUAUCUCUCUGUUUGUGUGCUCAUUUCACCACCAUUACGUUUAUUCAUGAUUUAUAAAUUGCCUAUAAUUAUAUCAUUUUCAAAUUGUAUUCCUUUUGAUGA